AUGACGUCGCCUUACCCAAAAUCAACUUCAUUCUCCCCCUCCGUUACCUCCGACAUGGCUUCUGCGUCCAACAGAGCGGUCUCCGAUUUGCCGCAGGCCCAGGUAGACGCGAUCAUCCGCACAAAGCGCAAGGCCCGCGAGCCUAAAGCCUGCUAUCCAUGCCAUGCGCGAAAGGUAAAAUGCGAUCGCAAUCUGCCUUGCGACGGGUGCGUCAAGCGCGACCAUGCAGACCUUUGCUCCUACGAACGCCCUUCCAAGAAACGAUCGCAAGCCUUUCACGAGAGCGCUGCUAGCGCGCCAACAGCACCUAUGCCCGAAUAUUCAACAGCAUAUGCGUACGAUGAAACGCCAGCAGAAGUAAAACAUGAGCCGACCUUGAGCCGACCAAACAUUCCUGCUACCGGUACUGGUAGUCGAGUUUCAAUCGCGCGCGAGGAAUGGGAUAACGUGCGCAACAGAUUGCAAGAGAUGGAAUCCACCAUCUCCUCCCUUCGAGUUGGGUUGGAGAGAGCGGAAGAGGGCCUGCCCGCUUCCCUAGAAACCGCAAGCGUGCAGAGUCCCGCUGCGAGUUCCCGUUCUAAGUGUGCGUCGCCGGAACGCGAGGGCAUACACGCUGCCAAUACUCUAGGCAAAGGCACUGUCCAUUUGGGAUCUCGUUCUGUUCUAGCUUAUAUUCUCAACAAUCAGUCUGGGUCCGACCAACUCCAAGCACUUUUGGAAGGAGGAAUACUGCCCAAGCUUGGUCUUGACAACGAGUCUGCGACCUAUCCAUUUGUUGAUCUAUGGUCAUCCGAUAUGUCAACAUUUGAUAUAUCCGCUGUCUGUAGCGCUCUUCCCAGUGAUCAACAAUGCAGAGAGGACAUCUCGGGAGCCAUCUAUCCUGUCCUGGAGGACAUUUUUGAGUUUGAGAACACUCUUGAGCUUCUUCUGGCGACAAGAACCUCUAUCGGUGGAGAAUACCUGGCCGAUGCAGACGAAGCACAGAAGCCUUUUGGCGUGAGCAUUGCGUAUUUGGGACUACUGUUCGCUAUCCUUGCCUCUGGAUGCCAGUCAUCUGAUUAUGGGAGCAAGGAAAGGGAACUGACCUCGCAGGUCUAUGUAUGCUGCUCUUACCAGUGCCUCCGUAUGACAAAUUUUCUCUCCCAGCCUACAAUCGAGGCAAUUCAGACCCUCCUUGUAAUAGGGAAUGUUUUGUCAUACAACAUGAAUCCCGGAAUUUCUUAUGUCCUACUUGGUAUGACUCUUCGCAUGGGCUUGGCACUUGGUCUCCAUGUGGAGUCAAGUCGGUUUUCGUCAGCUGAACGGUAUCGCCGACGACAUGUCUGGUGGUCCAUGGCAUGGCAGGACAGCCAUUUUUCGCUCUCCUACGAUCGGCCUUCUACUACUGCAGUGAGCCAACCAGAUAUCGCUUAUAGAGAUGGCUCAAAACCUGGUGAUCUGUCUUAUUUUGAGACCCUAUCUCGAGUCAUUUCUCUUGCACUAGAGGUUGUCCGCAUUCGCAUGCUGAGCCCACACGCGCAAAUAAGCCUCGAAAGUAUACAAGCCUUUAAGGAACGCAUUCAGAAGAUCAUGAUAGAGGCACGACCAUACCUGCGAGAUGCAAGGAACUGCUCCACCUCUACGGAACAUCUGGAGCGAGUUGUGUUGAAAUUGCAUUCUUCUUAUUUCGCCUCUGAGCUCUGCCGGCCAGCGCUCAAACCAAUGGCUGAUAUCAGUGACGCGAGCGCAGCCAGCAUGCGCGAAAAUUGCGUGGUAAAUCUGAUGACUACCGUCGAAGCUUACAUUGAAUUGCACAAUAUCAGCUCUCAUGCAGCUCGGUCCUGGAUUGCAUUGCAGCGGGCAAUCAGCUCCGCAUUCCUGCUUGCUGUCAUCGAAGAGGCGAAAGCAAACCCGAAUGUAUGGAAUCUUCUCCGUUCACUGGAAGGCAUCAUUGCCCAAAGAGCAAGCACGGAGCGAGCCUACGACUCCAAUGGGUCCCCUAAUGUAGCCAAUAUAACCUCGCCGCCUCAAAACCUCGGGACUUACGACCCAAUCACGGGCACCACGAACGCCCCAGGCCCCAUCGCUCCGGUGGUGGAUCCAACUUCUCCGGCUGGGAUGCCCCCUGACACACAAACGCAAUGGGCAAAGUCACUCGCGAAAACGCAUCGUGCUUUACAAAAGUUACUUGCCGCAUUCGGGAACCCAAAUACGCGUCCCUCAGUGGGACGUAAUGGUACGCCUGUAUACCCCACUCAUCCUAAUCUUAACCCGACUUCCGCUUCCAUGGGAUCACUUGCUCCUGUGUCGGCAAACAUGACUCCCAGCGUUGGUUCCCUUCCGCCCCCUACGCCCGAAAGCUCUGGAAGUGGCGAAUGGUCUGUGCCCAAUUUACUGGACCGCGCAGCAGAGUAUAUUCAUCCACCCCUGUGGGGCUAG